AUGGCUCGUUGGACGUGUUUUACAACACUGCUGCUCAGUGUAAUUUGUGUGUUUUUCACCGGAAACGAUGCAGCUCGUAUAUUGGGAAUUUUUCCAACCACUUCAAAGUCUCAUUGGAUUCUAGGGACAGCUUUAGCGAAGGAACUUUCAAAAGCUGGCCACGAGGUUACUGUGAUCAGUCCUUUUAAGCUGCAAAACCCACCAGUGAACUAUCGCGAGAUCGAGAUCGAGUACAGUGGAAGAGCGUUCGACGACGCAAUGGAUCACAUCUUUGAAGCUACCGAGAACAGCGUGGUCAGCAACCUAUUCCAAAUGCGACAGUUUGUUGAGGAAACGACAAACGCUACGCUGACCUCACCCGCGGUACAAAGGUUAUUGCAAUCACCAAACGAAAUGUUUGAUCUGCUGCUGUUGGAGAUUUUUAUGGAUGAUGCUCUGCUGGGUUUUGGUGAUCGCUUCCAAUGUCCAAUUGUGGGCAUGAGUACAUUCGGCGCAAGCACCUUCAUUAAUGAUCUUACGGGAACACCACAGCCCCUGUCGUAUGUGCCACAUCAGAUGUUGAGCUACACCAGCAACAUGACGUUCUGGCAACGGUUGGUGAACGUAGCGUUCCAUGGUGUGGAAGCAAUCGUGAUGCGCUACAUAUAUCUUCCGAUGAUGCAGCAGUACUACGAUAAGUUUUUCCCCCAUGCCACGCGAUCGUUGGAUGAAAUGCGACGUCACAGUGUAUCGGUGGUGCUCAUCAAUAGCCAUUUUAGCAUGAGUUUCCUGCGACCCUAUUCACCGAACAUGAUUGAAGUUGGUGGUUUCCACGUGAACCGGGUAGUGAACUCUCUGCCACAGGACAUUAGAACAUUCAUCGAGAAUUCCGAACAUGGUGUGCUCUACUUCUCACUUGGUGGCAAUGUGAAACCAUCGAGAAUGGACCCCCGUAAGCGGGAUGCUAUGAUCCGGGUUUUGUCCCGUGCCCAACAGAACAUCAUCUGGAAGUGGGAUGAUGAUACGUUGCAGCUUGACGAGCGUAAAUUUCUUGUCCGGCGGUGGCUCCCUCAAGACGACAUCUUGGCCCAUCCGAAGGUGCGAUUGUUCAUAACGCACGGCGGAUUGCUCAGUUGUACCGAAGCAAUCUACCACGGUGUGCCGAUCGUGGCGAUACCGAUCUUUGGUGAUCAGCCGCUGAAUGCGGCACGAGUCGCUCACGCUGGAUGGGGUGUUACCGUGGCGUACAGUGAGCUGGAUGAGUAUAGCUUUGAACGUGCCAUUAAUGAAGUUCUUCAAGAAGAACGGUAUAGGCUAAAGGUGAAACAGAUUUCAGAACGAUAUCGAGAUCAACCGCUUACACCGAUGCAAACGGCCAUGUUUUGGAUCGAAUAUGUACUGCGUCAUGGCAAGUCUGCGGAGCACUUGAGAUCACCUGCCCAAGAAUUGUCGACUUUCGAGUAUUACAACCUUGAUGUCUAUGCACUAUACAUAGGAUGGUACGGAAUCAUCGAUGACUUGGUUUACUGCUUGGCUCUGUUGGGUUCGCUCGGUUCGACGGUCCGCAGCGCAUAA